ACAAGGGGCAAAGGAAGCUUCAGUGUCAGCAACCUCCUCCAUCCUUUCCCUCCCUAUAAAUACUCAUCAAAAUCCUCUUAAACAAUCCAAACCCGCUUCAAUUUCAACAUCCUUUCUUCUACAUUUAUAAACCGAAUCAGAUCAAGAAGCUCCGAUUCCUCUGCCAUGGCGGAUGUUGACAGGCGAAAAAGAACCAAAUAUGAAGAUAUCAAGGUGAAGGGAACACUGGUUUUGACCGAUAACCACUACAUCUCUUCCAGCAAAGACGAUUUAUUGGGUCGCAAAGUCUCUCUGCAACUCAUCAGUGCUGUUCGUUGUGAAUCUACUGCCAGGGGAUUGAGGGGAAAGCUUGGAAAAGAGGCUAACUUGAAGAAAUGGAUGAGCACAGUGAUCAGUCCUUCAACAAAUGGCGAUUCCACCUUCGAACUGGAUUUCGAUUGGGAGGAUGAAAUUGGGGUUCCAGGGGCAUUCUUGAUCAUAAACAGGCACCACAAAGAAUUCUACCUUAAAACACUGACAUUAGAACAAGUCCCCAAUUGUGGCAGGGUUCAUUUCGUCUGCAAUUCUUGGGUGUACCCAGAAGAGCAUUACAGCAAAAGAUAUAGGGUUUUUUUCUCUAAUCAGACGUUGGUUCCAGGCAAAACACCAGAGGCAUUACGUCGUUAUAGAGAGGAAGAGUUGGAGGAACUAAGAGGAAAUGGAACGGGAAAGCGUGAAGAAUGGGACAGGGUCUACGACUAUGAUCUCUACAAUGAUUUGAGCGAACCAGAUGCGGGAUCCGAACUUAUCCGUCCUAUUUUUGGAGGGUCUCAGGAGUACCCUUAUCCUCGCAGGUGUAGAACUGGCCGACCUCCAUCCAAGACAGAUCCCAACACCGAAAGCAGGAUCCCGAUUUUGAAGAGUUUAACAAUUUAUGUUCCAAGGGACGAAAGAUUCAGUCAGUUGAAGACGAGCGAUGUUUAUGCUUACGGGAUAAAACUGGUAUCACAGGGCUUACUACCUGGUUUUGGGGCAGUAUUCGACAAAGUUUCAGACGAGAUAGUUGGCACAUUCGAACAUCUUCUAAAACACAAGUUUGAGGCUGUAUCGAGCAACAAUUUCAAUGAGUUCUCAUCAUUUGAAGAUGUACUCAAGCUCUAUAAAGGAGCCCUGAAGAUACCGAAAUCCAAUUUGCUAGAAAGCGUCAGGGAGAAAAUUCCCUUGGAGUUCUUUAGGGAACUUCUCCGUUCUGAUGGCGAGCCUUUGGCAAAAUUCCCAACCCCACAAGUAAUCGAAGCGGAUACAUCUGCGUGGAUGACAGAUGAAGAAUUUGCAAGACAAAUGCUUGCAGGAAUUAACCCUGUUGUGAUCCGACGCCUCCAAGAGUUCCCUCCAACUAGCAAGUUAGAUCCGAAAAUAUUCGGCAACCAAAACAGCACGAUUAGGGAGGACCACAUAGAAUAUCAAAUGGAUGGACUUAGCGUAUCGGAGGCAAUCAAGUGCAACAAGCUGUUUAUAUUAGAUCACCAUGAUCCACUGAUGCCAUUUCUGAGGGGCAUAAACGAAACUUCCACCAAUACAUACGCCACUCGGACCAUUCUGUUCUUGCAAAAUGAUGGUACAUUGAAGCCACUGGCCAUCGAAUUGAGCGUGCCACAUCCGGAUGGUGACCAUGCCGGAGUUAUCAGUACAGUACACACACCAGCAUUCGAAGGGGCAAAAGGGACCAUUUGGCUGCUAGCAAAAACUUACGUUAAUGUAAAUGACUCGGGCUACCAUCAACUCGUUUGCCAUUGGCUGCAUACUCAUGCUUCAAUUGAACCAUUCAUAAUCGCAACAAAUAGGCAACUAAGCAUCAUUCAUCCGGUUCAUAAGCUUUUGCAUCCUCAUUUUCGUGACACGAUGAACAUCAAUGCUUUAUCCCGUCAAACACUAAUCAAUGCUGGCGGGCUUCUUGAGAAAACGGUUUUUCCCGAUAAAUACGCGUUGAAAUUGUCGUGUAAUAUGUACAAGGAGUGGGCAUUCCCAGAACAGGCACUUCCUGCUGAUUUAAUCAAGAGAGGUUUGGCGGUGAAGGACUCACGCUCUCCACAUGGCAUUCGUCUCCUUAUCGAAGACUACCCUUUUGCCAUUGACGGGCUUGAGGUAUGGUCCGCAAUAGAAUCAUGGGUGAAGGACUACGUUUGUAUCUAUUACAAGAAUGAUGAAGAGAUACAGAAUGAUUAUGAACUCAGAGAGUGGUGGCUUGAGGUUCGAACCAUGGGCCAUGGUGAUAAGAAGGACGAACCAUGGUGGCCUAAGAUGCAGACUCGUGAUGAACUCAUUGAAUCUUGCACCAUCAUCAUAUGGGUGGCUUCUGCACUCCAUGCAGCCGUGAAUUUCGGACAGUAUCCUUAUGGUGGCUACCUUCCGAACCGACCGGCCAUGAGCCGUAGGCUCAUACCUGAACCGGGAAGUGAUGAUUACGAUGAGCUCGAGACGAACCCUGAAAAAGCUUUCCUCAAAACCGUCACCCCCCAGCUGCAAAGCAUUCUCGGGAUUUCGCUGAUCGAGGUAUUGUCUCGGCAUUCGGCCGACGAGGUGUUUCUUGGAGAUAGAGAUACACCCGAGUGGACCACCGACGACGAGGCGUUGGAAGCGUUUGGAAAUUUUGGGGCAAAUUUGAGAAAGAUUGAGGGAAAGAUUGUGGAGAUGAAUCAGGAUGUGAGGUUGAGGAACAGGAAUGGACCUGCUAAAGUGCCCUACACUUUGCUGUAUCCGAGCAGCGAUAUCGGUCUUACGGGUCGCGGUAUUCCAAACAGUGUCUCGAUAUGAAGCAUUUUUCGGUCGGUUUUCCGUCGAUCUAUCAUAUUCCAUUUGAUAUCGUAUUCUUAUGUGGUUGUGUGCAUGUUCAUAUCCUUUUCGUCUCGUGCUUUUUCGGGGAAAAAACCGAUGAAGCGUAGUGUAAUAGGUAGUUUAUUACGGUAAUGAUCGGUAAUAAGUUCGAUUUCCACAUUUGUAUGUUUAGUUGGUAGUUUAUUAUAAUAAGGCAUUCGAUAUUUAUGCAUUGUUAAGUGAAUUAUCAAAGAUAAUAAAAGAAAAACGGACUUCAUUCA